AUGGCAUCCGUGGAACCUCUAAACGAGAAGCCAGCAGGCAAAUCUCUUCUCUCGUCAUCCGCCGGCGGAGCAUCCCUAUUAAUUGCGAUACAAGCAGGGUCUCGAGGGCUGACAUUCAUCGUAAACCAGAUACUUCUGCGUUAUCUUUCACCGGAGCUCCUCGCCGUGUCAACGCAGCUUGAAGUGUACUCCAUCACUAUACUGUUCUUCUCAAGAGAGAGUCUACGUGUUGCAAUACAGCGGCAGACAGACAUUUGUGAUGAUGAUGAUCCAAAGGCUAAACGGGAUGGAAUCACACAGGUCGGAUAUCAGGAUAGCCGAACGACUGCUGGUAAAAGUCAAGCAAUUGUGAAUUUGUCAUAUAUCUCUAUUGCGCUCGGACUGGGAUUUACUGUGCUGUUUGGUUGGGUUUAUGCUGUUGCUGGGCAAACUGGUGUGGUCGAAACACCAUAUUUUCUACAAUCCUUGAGAUUAUAUGGUCUGGCAGCAGUUUUAGAAUUGCUGGCCGAGCCAUGCUUUGUGGUGGUUCAACAGAAAUCGGCCUUCAAAAUUCGUGCUGCUGCUGAAUCGAUUGCAACCGUAUUGAGAUGUUUCGUUACUUGUGCCGUGGCAAUCUGGGCUGCGCGUCGUCGGACAGAGUUGGGUGUGCUGCCAUUUGCCAUUGGUCAGGGAGUAUAUGCUAUCUCGAUACUACUGGUUUACCUCUCGGGCGUUUGGAAUAUUGCGUUGCGGGGCGGAUUCUCCUUGAAGAUCAAGCCUAUCUACAGCAAAAACGACGAAUUUAGCUACUCUUACUUUUCCAAACCACUCUUGUCACUAGGAGGAAGUCUGAUGAUACAAUCAAUGGUAAAACAUGUCCUAACCCAAGGCGAUACGUUUCUUAUAGCAUCUAUGGCCACGCAAACAGCCCAGGGCAUAUAUGCACUAGCGAGCAAUUACGGAGGUCUCAUUGCUCGUCUCGUCCUACAACCAAUCGAAGAAAUGUCUAGAAACUACUUUGGCAAGCUUCUUUCUGGCGUUAAUUCGCCAAGCAAGGAAGCCACCGAGAAAGCCAGUGCAAACCUCCAUAGGCUUCUACGUAUAUAUCUUAUAUUUUCCGUUGCCGUGGCUGCCGUAGGACCCACCGUCGCUCCGCUUCUCCUAAACUUCAUCGCUGGCCCACGAUGGCAGUCAUCUGGAGCUGGUAACGUCCUUGCAGUGUAUUGUUAUUACAUACCACUACUUGCACUGAACGGAGUUUGCGAAGCAUUUGUAGCGGUUGUUGCUACCAAAGCCGAAGUUCACAGGCAAUCUCUAUGGAUGACUGCCUUUUCUGCUGGGUUUGGCGGCGCUGCUUAUCUGUUCUUGGGGGUCUUGGAUCUCGGCGCCGAGGGCCUUGUACUGGCAAAUAUGGCCAACAUGCUCUUGCGAAUCAUAUGGUGUGGUAAUUUUAUUCUGGUGUACUACGGGCGCCACGGAGCUAAAUUUAGGGUUAUUGAUUUGCUCCCCCGACCUAGCACGAUAUCAUUUGGGAUUGUCACGUAUGCCGCACUUGCUCAGAUGAGAACUGCAUUCACGGGAGGUCUAUUGGACAUUAUCAAAAGUGGAUUGGUGGCGGUGAUUUUUGUGAUUCUCCUAGCCACGAGUGAAAAAGGAUACCUUCUCGAAUGUUACCGUGCAUUAAGAGACUGA